GCCAUUACGGGAAUUUAGUGCUCGCGUUUACAACAGGCGGAGCUGCGGGUAUAUUUAAGGGCGUUGCACAGGCUCCAUCCCGGUGGAUUAUGAUGACGGAAAGUUCUUGUCGUCUACCCAAAGGAGGUGCGCUCCGACUCUGUCACUACCGCCUCAGUCUAACAGAGGAAAACAAAAUCCCAUUCUGCUGAGAUUCCUUUGGACAUGUGUGAGAGCUUCUGUGACAAUGAUCAUUUGGGAUAUGGAGACCCCAAAGAAAUCACAGUUUGAAGAUGCUGACUUCCCUGCUACCGUCAAGUCUCUUUUUUCCACUCAUUCUACACCUAUUGCCAAACUCAGUGGUAAAAUUACAUGGUUGCGACCACAGGAAAUUUCCAAAUCGCCUCAGUUGUUCCCUGAAAAACUGCAGGAUGGACAGAUCAAGCAAGGUCUUUUGGGGGAUUGCUGGUUCUUAUGUGCUUGUGAAGCCUUGCAUAAAAACAAAUUGUUAUUAGAAAAGGUGAUACCCCCAGGCCAGGAUUCAUGGAUACAAUCAGGAUGUUUAAGAUGUAGAUUUUGGAAGUUUGGGCAAUGGGUUGAAGUUAUAAUAGACAAUCGGUUGCCGUGUAUCAGUCGCAGGCUCUGUUUUUCUCGUUGUCGCUCUGAAGAGGUGUUUUGGUUACCAUUAUUGGAAAAAGCAUAUGCCAAACUCCAUGGUUGCUAUGAAAUGCUUUGGGCUGGACAAGUGGCUGAAGCUCUGGUGGACAUCACAGGAGGCCUGGCUGAUCGAUGGACUCUAAAGAAUUAUAGAAAAAACAAUGAGAAGAAUGACCAUGUCAGCUUCUCUGAGAAAUCAAAAUUCGAGGUGAUGAAGGAUUUGAAAGAUAAAAGCUUUAUAAGCUGCUCCGUUCAUGGGUCCACCAAAGGAUCCUAUGAACGUGCAGAAUUUCAUGCCUUCAGUGUCACUGAUGUGAAGCAAAUUGUCGGACUCGUAGGUGAUUAUAUCAAUUUGCUAAGGAUAAGAAACAUGUGGAAUAGAAGAUGUUGGAAUGGCUCCUGGCAGGAAGGGAGUGAUGGUUGGAACAAAGUUGAUGUAGUUGUGGCUGCACAGUUGAUGUCCUUGGCAGAAGAGGGAGAGUUCUGGGUAGAAGAGCAAGAGUUUUUCAGGGAGUUUGAUGAGAUGACAGUUGGUUAUCCAAUAAAUACAGAGGGACACAUCCUCAGUCUUUUAACAGGUAAAAGUUUAUGCCAUACACUGCAAAUUUCAGGAGGCUGGGUCAAAGGUCAAUCUGCUGGUGGUUGCCGCAAUAACAGCAGUUUCUGCAGUAAUCCUAAAUUCUGGCUGCGAAUUCUGGAUCCAGGUGAAAUAGUUAUCACAAUUUUACAAAAAAAACUUGAUUCAAGCACUAAAAAUGGCAAGACUUGUCGGGCUCGGGAUGCUUCUAUGCAUUGUCCUGAUAACGAAAGGCCCACCACUGAUGCCCUCCAACAGAAGCGUUACCGUGCAAUAGGACUACAUGUGUGGAAGGUGGAGAAAAAACGAUUUAAUUUGCAGAAAACUGUUGCCAAACCACCCACCAUUUCAACUGAAUGCCAUACGUAUGACAGAGAAGUAAAGUUGCAUUGUGACCUUACACCUGGCUACUAUCUAGUCAUCCCCAGUACGUUCAUGAAAGAUGAAGAUGGAGAAUUUCUACUACGCGCGUUUUCAACAUCUAAAAUUUCACUGAGUGCAGUGAAAGCAGCUCAUCCACUUACCAAGUUUGAGGAAAGUGGUGAAGGGGAGUGGGAGAUAAUACAUUUCACAGAUUCAUGGAUCAAAGGAAAGAGUGCAGGUGGAAGCAGAAACUUUCAAACAUACAGCACUAAUCCACGUUUGCCGUUCUCCAUCCUCUCCAAUACUGGCACUGGGAACGUUAGAAUAACACUCUGCCAGGAAAAUUGCGAUGGACAGUUUCUGCCAAUAGGAUUCCAUGUUUAUCAGGUCCACAACAGUAAGAAUGUAAAUCAAGCUUCUUGUCAGCUUGUGGAUCCAGUGGUGACUUGUGUGCCUCAUCGAUACACACAGGAAGUAACCCAACUUUGCAGUCUGACAGAAGGAAAUUAUGUGAUCAUUCCUUCCACAUAUCUGCCUGAUAGUGAAGCACAAUUCACAGUCACUGUAGAAAUAAAAAUAGACAGGAAGCCAUUCCAAUGUCAGGAGAACUUAGGACAAAUAAUCAAUGAGGUCUCCUAUACCUCAGUGAUGCAGAGGUAGGAUACCGAUUCCAAACCCCACAAGCGCCUGCCUGAAAACAAUAAAAAAUCAGAAGAGAGUCAUUCUGGAGACAUUCACGCUGUACAAUUUUCACAUCACAAUGCCCAACCCCCUUUGCAUUAAUAAAAUGUGACAGGACUCGUCAUUGUAAAUAAGCAAUUCUGCUUUAAGCAAGCUGGCAAUGUGCUUCUUGCGCAGGAGAAAGAACAAAAGCUGCCCCAGAAGUGGACGCUACUUCAAAGAGUUAGCAGCUCUGCACGCAGUAAUGGACAAAGAGCCGAUCAGUCUCCUGCUGCUUUGAUGUUAUUGAAGGUAAAUGAGAAUGACAUUUAAAUUCAGUUUGUACUUUCAGCACACACUGUAUUACACAGUUCACUGAAUUUUAAAGCUGCUGUGUUGUGACCUCCUCUGGGCUGGAUUUUUCCAUCAUUUUAGCAAAACUGGAACUUGGGCUGUUGUUCAUUGAUGCCAUUUUUUUUUUCUCCUAAUUUGUUUGACAUUGGAUUGCAUUAAGGUAGAAUAUGAACAAAAAAGGUACAGUGCCUUUUAGUGCAUGAACAGCCUUGCAUUAUUCUUUCCAGUGUGAGCAAAUUCUGUUGUGGUUAGAUACCAAUCAAUAACAAAAUAUUCAUUAUUUGGUUUUUAAUUCCAUGUCCACAUAGUGAGAAUAUUUGGAUUUGUUCAUUGAACACUGGACAAGUGACCUCCUGCAGUACGUUGCACGUCUUAAUAAUGUAUCAUCUCUACUGGUGCAGACUUAGUACUGGCAAACACUAUUUAACUUGUGUAUUUCUAAUAAAUAAAUUGCAGUAGAAAAUAUUAAGUACAAUAAAUGUAUUCCCAAUGUAGGUAUAGAGUUUCUACAUUGUAAAAAUGCCAAACUGUAUCAAUUUUUGAUCCAGUUUUAAGUGAAUUUUUCAGUAAGCUGAUCUGAGUAGGUUUCUCUGUACAAAUAUUAACCCUUGGCUUUCAAGCUUGCUAGCCUUACUCUUUAUUCGUUAAAAUGAAUGGGAGAAACAUGGGUUGCUGAGCACAGGAGAAUGCUCGUUUCAAUGCAUUUUCUAAAUUGAUUCCGCUCUUUCUAAUAUAUUUUAGUGACAAAAUAAUUUACCCCACUUAUGUAAUCUAAAAGUACAAAGUUAGUGCAAAUUAAACCUUUCAAAGUAGCAUAAUUUUAUUCCUGUCUUUUGUAAGUAAUAUGAAUUUGCUUUCUUAUUUGAAGUAUAAAGCCAUCCCAACUAUUCCUAAAAGUAACAUUUAUUCUUUAUUGUUAGUUCCAUGUGUACCUUUAGGAGUAUGUUAAUGAAGUGCUACAUUUAACAACUGAAUAUUUUACAUCUUAGUUUUUUUUUUAAAGAGGUAAUCAAGUACUACUGUCCAAAGAUUGAACAACUUUCUAAUUUUACAACAUCUGAAAUUGUCAUGUUAAAUUAUAUUUAUUAAACUGUUAGUAUUUGAGUAAAUCUGCAAACAAUAAACCUAAGAAAUUUCCAAUGGAUUCCUGUCACAACAUUUGGAAGACAGGCAGAAAAACCUGCAUCAGUGAGGGUACUAGUCCAGAGUUUGCUUUUUUAAUGAUAAUGCAACUUUCAGGUUUUGAGAUGUGUCGUCAUCAAUCUGUAAAAUGUCCACCAACUCCUGGAGGUUGCUUAAGAGCAGGUUUUGAGAUGUGUCGUCAUCAAUCUGUAAAAUGUCCACCAACUCCUGGAGGUUGCUUAAGAGCAGUUAAAUGUGCAAACCCAAAAAUUGUUAUAAAUGAUACCAUUUCCUCCAAAAAUAAUUGCUUGUAGUUUCUUGUCAGAUGCAAUCAAUUCAAUGAUUAGAUGUAAACAUUUUGUUUACAUGAUUUUCUCAUAAAAUGUUAAACUUUGAGAUAUAAUUGAGUUUCUAAAUGGUACGUCCAGGCAUUAUUACUGCUGAGCAAACUACAUCCUCUGGGCCUGAAAAUUUAGAUGUGUAAUUUCAUUCCCUUGUAAAAACAUUUCCAAACUAAGCAAUUUUAACAAAGAUUAAUUUGUGUUAUUA